GUCAAAGCAGUGCCAACCUGGGUUCCAUUGAAAAACCAGCUUCUCAACUAAUCCAUCUACCCUGAUAUUUUCUAAGCUUUUAAAACUGGGUAAAUGCAGGGAGCCAUGACUAUAUAGGGGACAAAGAAAGCAUUAAAGAUGAUUUAUUAAAGCACAAUUCUAUUCCGAUCACUUUGAUCUUUAGAAUCCCCUGUUCGUCGUAUCUGGUGGCGGUGAAUUUUAUGCCCAAAUGUCUGCUCUCAGGGAUUAAAUGCACAGAAAGCUUGUCGGCAUAAGCUGACAAAUUUUCUUUAUUUUAGGCUCAGGACAAACGGCGGCAAAUCGAAUCCUUAUCUUUUUCUUUGGCCCCAACUGGAACAGGAGGAAGCCCAAACAACACAAGAUUUGUGCAGUGAUAAGAAAAGAGAGGCCCUCAUUCGGAAUGGUGACAUCAUUAAAAAUUCUGACCGCAGGCCCUACACUCUCUGCUUCGCAACUACUCCAAUUCAUUACUCCUUGCUUACAAUACCAACAAUCCGCUUUACCCAUUCCUGCCCUCUGGCUAAAUCCCACCUCAGAGAAAAAAACCCAAAUCUGCCCCCAAUUCUGCCCCCAAUUCUGUAAAAUUCUUGGGUUUGAUUUCAAAAUCCUUUCAGAGAUGGAAUUUUUGGGUUUAAUAGAGAGUUUAAAUCAUUCCCAGAGAAAUUUUAGCUAUAUUAGUCUUUAGGCUGAAAUUUCUUGAUAUAAGGAUAACAUAUUCAUAGGUUUGAUUUCAAACUCUUCACAGAGAUGAAAUUCUCUUGGAUUUGAUUUCAAACUCUUUACCUGGAUUUGAUGGAGGAAUUUAUAUCAUCUACAGAAUAUUUUUAGUUGUUUAUAGAAAGGACCAGUCUUUCUUUGACAUAAACUAAUAGGUUGUUGGAUUUGAUUUCAAGUCUUUAGAUUGAAACUUCUUCAACAUAAGCUAACAAAUUCUGGAAUUUGAUUUCAAGUCUUUGGACUGAGACUUCUUCGACAUAAACUAACAAAUUUUCUUGAAUUUGAUUUCAAAUCUUUAGAUUAAACAAAUUCUUAGAUUUGAACCUUAGGCUGAAAUUUCUUCUAACACAAGGUAACAAAUUCUUAGAAAGGGAGAACCUCUUGACAUAAGCUGAUAGAUUCUUCUGGCAUUUGAUUUUGAGUCUUCAGACUGAACUUUCUUCCACAUAAACUAACAAAUUCUUAGAUUUGAUUCCAAAAUCCUAGCCUGAAACCUCUUCCUCAUAAGCUAAUAGAUUCCUGGGUCCGAUUUCAAGCUCCUAACAGAUAUGAAUUUCUGCAGAGAGUAAGAAUACACCUAGGGAGUGAAUUCCAAGAGGUGUAAGCAUGGUCCCAGAAAUGGGAUUUUCAGGGGCUUUCACUCCGCCACCGCCUGCGCCAACCCAUGAGGGCGACAGUGCAUUCGAUUCCAAUUUAGUGGUGAUUCUCUCGGCUCUGCUUCUUGCCCUGAUCUGCGCUCUGGGGAUCAACUCUGUUCUGAGAUGCGCCAAUGCGUGCAGAGGGCGAAUGGUUUUUGAAUCAGCCAAUGAGGCAGCAAUCCGCCUGGCUAACACAGGGCUGAGCAGCAAGGCCAUCAGGGGGCUGCCCACCGCAGUCUACACCUCCUCCUCCUCCGCCGCCGCCGCCACAGCAUCCGCUACGCCUGCUGAGCUCAUCAAGGAAUGCCCAAUCUGCCUGUCUGAAUUCUGCCCUGGAGAAAAGCUCAGAGUUUUGCCCAAGUGCAGCCAUCAAUUUCAUGUGGGAUGCCUUGAUCCGUGGCUCACUUCUCAUUCAUCUUGUCCCACCUGUCGACGGGUUCUGCUUGAUGGGACUUCGCCCUCUCUUCGGGUGCACAUUGUUGUUGAUCGUGACCAGGGCCAGGGCCCUGCUGAUUCUCAGGCCAUUUCCUCGCAGUGAUUUUUGGGUUUUGGCUUAGCAGAGUUUGGGCUGAGUGAUAUAUAUAAAUUACAGUUCAUUCAAUGCAUUUGCUUAGGAUAGAUUUCAAGUUUUUAGAGAUCCCUGAUAACACAUCGUGUUUCCUUUCAUGCUAUGUAAAAUUUAGGGCUGUUACUUAUGGGAAUUGAUGUAUAUGAAGGAGCUUUCAGAUGAGAAAUUAUAUAAUCUACCAUUAGAUUGGAGCACUUCUUACUUC